GGAGCCGGGAAGUGGGAGAGGGAGCGAAGGAGGCGGAGACUGCCCGAGCCCGCAGCCCGGCCGGGCUCCGAGGAGAGGGGCUGCAUGGAGCGGCCGGCGCGGCUCUGCGGGCUGUGGGCGCUGCUGCUCUGCGCCGGCGGCGGCGGCCGCGGGGGCGCCGCGCCCACCGAGACGCAGCCACCUGUGACGAACUUGAGCGUGUCUGUUGAGAACCUCUGCACGGUCAUCUGGACGUGGGACCCCCCAGAAGGAGCCAGCCCCAAUUGCACCUUAUGGUAUUUUAGUCAUUUCGACAACAAACAGGACAAGAAAAUUGCUCCUGAAACCCGUCGUUCGAAAGAAGUGCCUCUGAACGAGAGGAUUUGUCUGCAAGUAGGAUCCCAGUGUAGCACCAAUGAAAGUGACAAUCCGAGCAUUCUGGUGGAAAAGUGCACCCCGCCCCCUGAAGGGGACCCUGAGUCGGCCGUGACUGAGCUCCAAUGCGUUUGGCACAACCUGAGCUACAUGAAGUGCACUUGGCUUCCUGGAAGGAAAACAAGUCCAGACACCAACUAUACUCUCUACUACUGGCACAGCAGCCUGGGAAAAAUUCUUCAGUGCGAAAACAUCUAUAGAGAAGGUCAACACAUUGGUUGUUCCUUUGCUCUGACUAAUUUGAAGGAUUCCAGUUUUGAACAACACAGCGUGCAAAUAGUGGUCAAGGAUAAUGCAGGGAAAAUUAGACCAUCCUUCAAUAUAGUGCCUUUGACUUCUCAUGUGAUACCUGAUCCCCCACAUAUUAAACGGCUCUUCUUCCAAAAUGGUAACUUGUACGUGCAAUGGAAGAAUCCACAGAAUUUUUACAGUAGGUGCUUGUCUUACCAAGUAGAAGUCAACAACAGCCAGACCGAGACGAAUGAUAUUUUCUACGUUGAAGAGGCCAAAUGUCAGAAUUCAGAAUUUGAGGGAAACCUGGAGGGCACAAUUUGCUUCAUGGUCCCCGGUGUACUCCCCGACACUCUGAACACAGUGCGGAUCCGGGUGAGGACGAACAAGCUAUGCUAUGAGGACGACAGGCUGUGGAGUAACUGGAGCCAGGCGAUGAGCAUAGGUGAAAACACCGACCCCACGUUCUACAUAACCAUGCUGCUCGCCACCCCGGUCAUCGUCGCCGGUGCCGUCAUAGUCCUCCUGCUUUAUCUCAAAAGGCUCAAGAUCAUUAUAUUCCCUCCAAUUCCUGAUCCUGGCAAGAUUUUUAAAGAAAUGUUUGGAGACCAGAACGAGGAUAGCCUGCACUGGAAGAAGUACGACAUCUAUGAGAAGCAAACCAAAGAAGAAACUGACUCUGUAGUGCUGAUAGAAAACCUGAAGAGAGCCUCUCAGUGACGGGGCUAAUUUAGUUUACCCUUCGGCGUGACCUUGUGAAGAUUCAUCCCACUCUCUGUUUGUUAUCUGGGGACGCGUUAAAUGGAAAGCGAAACUACUGGGCCAUUUGAAAACAGGCGGCUCAUGAGAGCCACAGUCUUUAUGUCAGGUUGUGCACUGAGAAACUAAACACAAGGGGCUCUUUGGCGAAGAGAACGGCGUCAUUGUCGUUGAAUUAGAAAACCGGACAUCCCUGUCGAAGGCUUCAAAGUAGGGAUAAAGCAAAGAGCGGCGAUGGCGGUAGAGUUAAUAUUAUCAAGAGUUGUGACAACUUCUGCAGGACGUAUGUGUUUCGGGGGGGGGGACUCAUUCUGGGUGCAAACGCUGAUGCCAGACUUGAGUCAUGGGGGGUGGGGGUGGGGCCGGAAUCUGACAGACACAAUUGACGGAAUCUGCAACAGACGAGAUUGACGGAAUCUGUUGCCUGUUGCUCCCGGUCUCGCGGAACGUUUGUGGCUCUUCAAACCCUUUGCAGUCCAGACUCCCCGGCCCCCUGAGCAGGGAUCUUCCCCGCUUUGAAAGGCCCAGGGUCGGUGUUGGCCACGAGCAUGACCUUGCAGUGAGAGCAGAGGCAGCUCCUUACCGAGACCUUUCAAAGCCACGGCCGGCUGCUAAGGGCAGUGGAGGCGGGAUGCCGCCCUGGGCACCGGCAUCUGAAGCGGGCCGCCUCUGAUGCGGUCUUUCUUCUUCGCCUCUGCUGCUCCGGUCACAUACUCCCCCUGUGUCCAGACUGUGCUAGGCCCCCGGCUGGGAGGCACCACUCAAAGGGUUGACGGUCUGGUUGAGGCCCCCACCCCCUCCCCGUUCUGACCCCUCUGUCUCCAGCGGUCAUUAUCCAGAGCUUCCAGCCUCCCGGUUCCCAUACCCGUUUCCCCUGCCACGUCGGCCCCUCAUUCCCGCCGUCGUGUCCCUCCGUCCCCUUUCGCAAGAAAUUAGAAUUUAAAGCUGCUCAGAACACCCAGAAGAGCAGGCAGGAAUUUGCAUCUCAGGUAAAGUGUGAGGCCACUAAGAAGCGAUGACUGAUUCUUGCGUGUUUUGUAACUUCUUGCGUGAGCCUGCAUCUGUUUGAAGGUUUUCAGCGUUGGCUGUCUCUCUAUGCAUUUUUCUCAACAGAAAAGAGGUACCCUCCUCACUUAGGACCUGGCUGUUUGCUUCCGAAGAGGGUAGUUAUGUCCUCCCCCUUCCCCACGAAUGGUUAUGACUAGGUUUUGCAGCCUAUAUUGAUAGCUUCUGAGGCGCCAACAUUUGUAUCCAUCUUUUUUUCUUUUUUGGGCACACCGAGUCAGGGCUCCCUCCUCACCCAGCCCUAGCACAUGGGCACAGCGACGUUCCCCUCUGCCUCCCCUCCUUCCUCCAGAUGCAACGAAGCCCGCUGAAGUGAGGGGUUCCCCUCCGCCCACAGUGUUUCUCACCUCAGGCACACAGACUCAGAUUCCUGGCAGGAACUUGAAAACUCCGUAACCACGAGUUCUCCAGACGGUCACCUGUUGGAUUUAGCCGGGCGGCGUGACCGGUGCAGCGUGGGUCCGAGAUGCCGCCUCUCCACAAGUUUGGGCAAGAGUGGCCACCCGCAGGCCCUACGGUGGACGGGUGUGCCCGGCUUUUCUGAGGAACCCCCUCGCCAAGGGUAGAUGUCAACGUGUUUCCUCCUUGGGCUUUUUUUUGGGGGUGGGGGUCACAUUGAGGUGAAAGACGGGUACCCAGAGCCAUCCCCCCCCCCGCCCGGCGUUCUUUGUAGACGGCAUUGAGGGGGGCGCCUUGGAAUUGCGAGUCCCCAAGAGGCUGCAGGUGCUGACGGUCACAGCGUGGGAGCGGGGAAAUUGUACUUGGUUCCAUUCUCCUCUUUUAGCCAUGAACUAGUUGAAGGAAAAGGGGGCGGUGGAUUACGGGACUAGCUAGGGCUGCUCUCUAAUUCCUGAAAAGCCACCCCAGGCCUCAGGAGCUCUUGGGAAACUUUAACGCAUCAGUGGCUUUUCCAUCACCUGUAGGAAACUAGUAGCUUCAUUUGCUAUUUUAUGCCUCAACUCUACGGAUUGUUUUUCUCCGCAGACCUAAGUAAACCCACUGUAAGGAUGGUCAUUCUUUACUCUUUCAUUCAGAUAAGUUGUUCCUUUAUCUGGGCACUGAAGGGAUAUGUGAAACAACGUUAAUAUUUUUGGUAAUGCCUUCCAACUGGGAUCAUUUUGUUUAACUUCUUAUAGGAACGCUUGAGUGAAAUAAAUAUUGUCUUUUUGUAUGUCA